UCCAUUGUGUUCACCAGAGUCACUGCCGUGGACAACAGACAGUAACAGUAUGGCGUCGACGAGCCGUGGAGACUCUCUUCCCAAGGUGCAAUGCCCCAAUCACCCCGAUGCAAUACUGGUGGAGGACUACAGGGCAGGAGACAUGAUCUGUCCUGAAUGUGGCCUCGUAGUAGGUGACCGUGUAAUUGAUGUAGGGUCAGAGUGGAGAACGUUCACCAAUGAGAAAGCAACUAAAGAUCCGUCUCGUGUUGGUGACACUCAGAACCCUCUCCUCAAUGGAGGAGACCUCACCACCAUGAUCAGCAAAGGAACAGGUGCAGCGAGCUUUGAUGAGUUUGGAAAUUCCAAGUACCAGAAUCGGAGAACCAUGAGCAGCUCCGAUCGAGCCAUGUUGAAUGCCUUCAAGGAGAUAACCACCAUGGCCGACAGGAUCAACCUCCCCAGAAACAUCAUCGACCGAACAAACAACUUGUUCAAACAGGUUUACGAACAGAAGAGUCUGAAAGGCAGAAGUAAUGAUGCGAUCGCUUCAGCCUGCCUUUACAUAGCCUGCAGACAGGAGGGCGUCCCUAGAACAUUUAAAGAAAUCUGUGCCGUGUCUCGGAUCUCGAAGAAGGAGAUUGGCCGCUGCUUCAAGCUUAUCCUGAAGGCUCUUGAGACGAGCGUGGAUCUCAUUACAACCGGCGACUUCAUGUCACGUUUCUGCUCCAACUUGGGCUUGCCCAAACAGGUGCAGAUGGCGGCCACUUACAUCGCCAGGAAGGCCGUUGAACUGGACUUGGUUCCAGGGCGCAGUCCGAUCUCAGUGGCAGCUGCAGCCAUUUACAUGGCCUCUCAAGCGUCUGCUGAGAAGAAGACACAGAAGGAGAUUGGGGACAUCGCUGGAGUGGCAGACGUCACCAUCCGUCAGUCCUACCGUCUCAUUUAUCCCCGCGCUGCCGAUCUCUUUCCUCCAGACUUCAAGUUCGACACACCAGUGGAUAAACUGCCUCAACUGUGAACACCCAUGUGCCCCACACUCACCGCUCUUUGUACUUUCAGAAUUUUUGCCCUUUUCUCUUUGAAAUUUACACGUUUUGCUCUCCCCCCGUGAAGGCACAAACCUUUUGAAAAGACGACGGCAGGGAUUCGACAAAGUACAGAAGACACAUUCCAAGUUAAAUCACAGAUUGCAGGCUGUACUUUCAUUUGUGUGUAUAUAAAUUGUACGUAUGUCUAAGUGAGAAUUUGGUGGUUGCAACUAGGCAUAUUUCUUACUGUAACAUUUUCUUUUGUAGGAAAUGAUUUUGUUAGCUUGUUUGCAUUAUAUUUAGUAACUUAAAUGCUUUUCAGAAAAGCAUGGUGAACAUCUCGGAAAUCCCCAGAACAGGUGUACAAAUGCCAUGGGCUUUGAAAGCGUGUAGCUCACGAAUGGUUUUGUUUCCCCCUCUUUUUUUUCUUUCACGAGGGGAACGGUAUGAAGCAGAAGUUUCUGUUCGUGUGUUUCUGUUCCUGUAUCUACAGCUCAGUUAUUAUAAAGAUUUCAUGAAACACCAGAGAAUCCUUUUUGAAGUGACAAAUAAACCAUUUACAACCUGAUUAGGUCUACGAAAUGCAGACUCACGACUUAUGUAAUAAACAUUUAAUUUUUGCAUUCAUGAUGGCUGACAGUUUGAGCAAAACCUGUUAUUUACACCAUUGUAGUCAAACUUCACGACUGUACCUUUGAAACUUUUCUUCUGUAUCAUGCUCCGACAUACAAGUAGUGGGUAGAAAAGCUUUGUACGGUCCUUUUGUUUUCCCACCAUUUAGAUAAAACAUGGAUAUUUUAGACAAAAAUUAGUGCUUCCAGCUUGAUACUGUUUAUGUAGUGUAGCCUAUAUAACACCAGACCUCCAACUAGUAUCUACCCCUCCACUUGGAUUGCUUAUUAUUACACAUAUGAAGCUUCAGGCCUAUUUUUGAACAUCUAGACCAGUUAUUAGUAUAUUUAUAUUGAUAUUUGGUGUCUAGCAUAGAUUCCAGUCUGUCAUGUCUCAUGUCCACAUAUGAAGAAAAAAACAUGAAAUGGAGGAAUUUCAGUAACUAGGUAAUGAGGUAAUGUGAUUGCCUGUCACAUACACACCGUUUAAAAGUUUGAGGUUGGUAAAAAUGUUCUAUGUUAUUAAAAGAAACCUUGAUUUGAGAAAUCUAUUUGAACAAAAAUACAGUA